AUGGCCAUCCUCCUCUCCCUCGUUCCUCCGCACACCCGGCUCUUUUGGUCAUGCGUGGGGAUCUACGCCGAUGUCGUCAAGCUGUGUUCGCCCAGCAAGAGACUGCGGCUGCUGGCGGAAGACAUAGCAAGAUUCAGUCGAAAGCCUCCCGAAACCGCCGUCGAAUCGUUAUUGAGAUGCAUGGACGAAGCCACCUCCCUCGCCGAGUACGAAAAAUGCACGAUUGCGCUGGACAAGGUCCAAGGCCACGAGGCAUGGAAGGAAGAAAGAGAAUCCAUAGAACCCGGCUACAACCCCGAUGUGAUCGAGGCCCAGAUGGUCAUGCUACGAAGAGCGAUCGCUACCUCCGACCUGAGCGCCGUGCAACACCUGCUAAGAACGGGUCUCAGCCGGGACCUGGGAGGCAUGAACAUGCUACGACUAUACAAGCAUUCUUGGUUUGGUACAAAAUACCUUAUAGAUGAGUACAUCAACACGGUACUGGAGACCAUCGACACCUUCGCUGAUUUGACGGUGCGGUACAAUGUCCCAACCGCCGAAGUUCGCUUUUAUCAGCAGUCGUUGGAAGAUGCGCUCAAAUAUUUCGGCCGGUCAGCCUUGACGCUUUCCGGUGGCGCAGUGCUUGGUAUGAAGCACAUUGGCGUGGUCAAGACUUUGUGGGAAGCAGAAUUGUUACCCGAGAUCAUUUCAGGGGCAUCAGCUGGGAGCAUCGUGGCAGGCAUCGUGGGGACUUGGACCGAUGAACGGAUGCCCGAGGUCCUCGAAAGCUUUCCAUUCUCCGAUCUGGCCGUUUUCGAUCCUCCCGGGACUGGGAGGGUAGGAUGGCUGGUAAACCGGCUGCGGACGUUCAUGUAUUCUUCUGCCUUUUUCGACAUGGGACACCUCAAAAGGGUCAUGAAGUUGUGGCUGGGCGACAUCACCUUCCGUGAAGCGCACUACAAGACUGGUCGCAUCCUCAACAUCUGCGUUUCCAGUGCAACCAGCGCAGAGCCACGGCUUCUUAACUAUGUUACGGCUCCGGACGUCCUCGUUUGGUCUGCUGUCUGCGCCUCGUGCGCCGUCCCCAACGUCUUCUCGCCGGCGAACAUCUACGAGAAAGAUCCGAACACCAAAGAAGCAAAACUUUGGAUGCAGAAUGCGCAGCAAACAUUUGUGGAUGGAUCCCUUGACCACGACAUUCCGAUGAGAAAACUGUCUGAAAUGUUUAACGUCAAUUUCUUCAUUGUGUCUCAGGUCAACCCACAUGUUCGGGCCUUCCUCGAACCCGAAGAGGACUUCCAAGGGAGACAGCCCUCGACGCCUGUACCGCAUCACAGUCCACUUCAAGCUGCAAAGAGUGUGCUUCGACGGGAAAUCAUCCAUCGUGCACAGCAAGUGGCAGACUUCGGACUUCCUCAGAAAUGGUAUCGCUGGGCCUCUGUUUUUAACCAACAAUACACCGGAGACAUCAACAUCCUACCGGAGAUCAAGCCUGGUGAAUACCUGCGUAUGAUGAUGAACCCGACUCCCGAAUUCAUGAUUGAAGCCAGCAUUGCUGGGGAGCGGGCGACGUGGCCCAGAAUGUGUCGGAUCAAGAACUGCGUUGCCAUCGAACUCGCUCUGAUUCAGGCAAUCCACAAAUUGCGAGACAGGGUCAACUUUGGACCAGAGGCGAGAGCAGCUCGUGAGUCGAAACGAUCAAGCAGUCGAGGACGUCCCAGCCGUGGUCGGUCUGCACUUCCGGCGUUCUUGAGAAGGCGUAGCCUCAGCAUCGAAUCUGCCAUUGACGACGAGAACGGUGUCAGGCCAACCUCGCUCCGAGUCCGUCGCAAUGUCAGCCUGGGAAGCAUCCCUUUGAAACCAGCUAUGUCUCUCGCGCACACUUCUCCUCGCACAACGCCCUUUCUGUCACCGCAAGUGGGAGUGGAUCUUGAUUUUCUAGGAGAAGCGUUGGUCAUGACAACGACAAAGGAUACUGUAUAG